AUCAACAUCGUCACCUCUUCACCGGAAAUCACUUUCAUCCUCGGUGAACUCAAGUGGGUAACUAAUCUAAACUUUAUCAUCGUUUAACGAAGCGUGGCUUAGCUCAUUAACAGGCAACACAAUCGUCUAUUUCCAGAUAGGUGAUGAUUCAGAACGGACGCGGGAAAUAUGAGAGAUCGUCUGAUUUGCUUUGAAGUCUACGAAAUCGUACACACUUCACUUACGAAUCUACACUGCCCUUGAUUAACUAUCCUUGUCAAGAAGCAGACAGAAGGCCAUAAUUAGUAGAACCUAGGCAUAAGUGUUCCAGGAAACCGUGCAGAGAUGUAAAUGAUAAACAUCAGCAAUUAUAACAUUACACAAUCUGGAAAACAUUCAAAUAUACGCAAGCGUCGAUAUAUAAAGUUCAUAUUUCUGGAAGCGCAUAACAGCAAAUCAUUAAAUCAUCUUAAGACGAACGUGGCACAUAAAACCGCGCGAUGCUGGUCACAAAUAAGUGGUUUAGCAAAACCCACUCGCAACCUUUCAACAGUACAGGUAUAUUGAUCUUGAGAACUAUUCGAUUGAUAAUGGCCUGUGAGGGCGGUAUUGUGAAUUACUAGUGUUUGGCAGCGUGCCUGAUUGGUGGUAACCUUGACAAAAUUGUGUAGUGCUAUAAAAACUUUCGGCAAUGUAAGCGCUGAUGAUUAUCGCGAGUUGCGCUCUACAGGUCGCAUGUGUUCAUCUUUUCUCUCACUUCGAAGGACUGUAUUGUCUAUUGUCGCUUCAACACUGAUUUUAUCAAAGCACGUUGUAAUAACUGGAAUAUUGCAUAAACUGGUACAUUUAACAAAGUUAUGGACAUCGUCUUAGAGGUGUGCGACCAUUACUUCUUCACGCCAUAUGUUUAUCCAAAAGAUUGGAGCGAAGACUAUUGGCUUCGACAAUGGAUCACUUUACUCCUAGUUGCCAAUUUUGGUGCGAUAAGUCUCUACCUCAGUUUCUCCUACUUCAGUUAUGUUUUUCUAUUCGACAAACGACUCAUGUCGCAUCCAUUCUUUUUAAAGAAUCAAAUCCAAGAUGAGAUCCUGCUUUCCUUCUGGUCUCUUCCGUGCAUUAGUCUUCCAACCUGUUCAAUAUUCCUACUAGAAGUCAGAGGGCACAGUAAACUAUAUGAUGAUACCAGCUCGUUUAAAUACGGCUUUUAUGGGGCGUUACUGGAUUUCAUUCCGCUCAUUCUCUUCACUGACGCAGCUAUCUACUGGAUUCAUCGGUUAAUGCAUCACAAAACCGUGUAUAAAUAUGUCCACAAGAAACAUCAUAUAUAUAAGGUUGCAACACCGUUUGCCAGUUACGCGUUUCAUCCUCUGGACGGAUUUAUGCAAAGCGUACCGUACCACAUUUACGCGUUUGCUUUUCCUCUUCACAAGUACAUCUAUCUUUUCAUGUACAUAUUUGUUAUGCUUUGGACCAUUAUCAUCCACGAUGGAGACUAUAGGAUUCCCGAUCCAUUGAAGCCAUACAUAAAUGGAUCAGCCCAUCAUACCGACCAUCAUAUGUACUUUAAUUAUAAUUAUGGGCAGUUUUUUACUCUGUGGGACAGGAUCGGCGGUUCGUACCGCACCCCGAGUCCGUACGUAGGCGACGGACCAAUCUACCAAAUAGAGAAACUACAGAUGAAAAACCAAAAUGGUUGCGAGACCACAAAUGUUGAAAAAAGAGAGGACACUCAACCAGGAAAGCACACGAACGGCUACCAUCAUUGCAACGGAACAUCAGACGACAACAUUACGAGAAACGGCCUUCAUACAUGCCAACGAGAGCGUAUUUUACCGUCUUCGUCGUCUAACUAUAAUGUCAAUGUAUGUGAUAAAUCAGAGCUUCGGCCCUCAAUGCGCAAGAAAGUUUUAGAGACAGCUGAGCGCAUGCGCUGAAAUAAUAUUUUUUAACUCCGUUGUAUUUAAUAUAUAUUAUUCUUUAUUUAUUUUGUUACCAAAAUGCAAUGUAGGGGUGACAUUUCGUAUAGGAAUUAGUAAUAGCUAUCGUUUUUAAAACUUCAAAUACAGAUAUAAGUAUAACUAAGACAGUACGAAAUACGCACUUCGGACCAGACAUAUCUUUUGUGUAGAAACACAGAAGUGGAAAUAACUUAAAUUAGCGAAAGGUUUCUUACCCAAAAGAUAGUGUAUAAAGUUAAUUUAAUUACUUAUGAGACGCCUGUCUAGGAAAUUUAUCAUGGACACAAUAACAUGAGGCAGAGUAUAAUUGUAUUUGUUAUAUAUUGUAUCUAUUAACAUACUAUGAAUAUUUUGUAUAUGUACAUAUUGAACAGUUAUGAUUAAUGUAUUAGGUUGUGUAGCUGGUUCUACGUUACUCAGCCUUAUAGAGUUUGAUAUGCAAAAUGAUUGGGUUGAAAAAAAAAAUCCACAUUUCUGGUGGAGUUUGGUUGCUAGUGGAUUUGUGGGAUUAACGGAUUAAGAUUGAACAAGAGGAUUCCAACCGACUAUCACGUCUGGAUUACUUGUCUCAGAAGAAAGUAAAUUGCGAUAUGUAAACGUGGAAUCGAAAUAAUUUUUAUGAUUUUGCAGGAGACACGAUGAUUAGCGAUUUAAAUCUGUCUUCUGCUUUUAAAGUAUUUUGAUGAAAUGUCCAUGUGCAUAUGUCACAACACAUCCUCUGUUCGUUAUGAAUUUAUCAGUGCGACAUUAUCAUCGUUUGAUAGGCUAUUCAGAGGAUGCCAAUGCAGUUAAUUCCUUAUUAACAUUUUACUUCAUUAUUGAUAAUAUUUUGGAAAUGAGCUUCAGUUACUAAAUGUUAAUUCUUUCUUUAUAAAAAUCAAACUUUCACUUACUGUGCUAGCCUACUUUGUUCACCAGUUUGAGAAAGCCUCCAACGUGGAAGAGGACAUCGCAAAAAAAGUAAAUGGAAUUUGUUUAUUUUUUAUAAAGAAAGAAUUAACAUUAUGAAGCAAAUGAAUUCAUGAUGAAUUUUUUCAAUAAGCCUCAGUUACUGUCAGUAUAUUUUUAAAAUUUGAAACAAUUUUGAGCGAUUCUUUUCAAGAAAUAAAUUAAGAACCAUAAUCUCCCUUAUUGCGAAUAUUUGUGUUGCAAAUUGUAAAGAUAUAAUUACUUAGAUAGGCCUAUGCUAAUUAAACAAUUCAAAUAUUGAAUUGUAUUGCUGAAAUGUUUAAGCUAAACACAAACAGUAUUAUAUUUAAGAAAUAAAGUUUACCUAAUUUCAAUGAAAUAUGUUACCAAAUCCUAGAUGAUGUAGAAAGAAUUUGAUAUUGCAAUGAUGGUAUAAAUACAGAAAUUGUUCUUUUCUAUUAAACUAGUAAGCUCUAA